UUCCCUUGUCUUCCCCAUCUUUCCUUACAAGGAACGACACUACAGAUCAAGUUGCGCACAUACCCAUGAAUGAUGUCUCUUUUCUUGACUCGGUAUCCAUCUAUAUAAACAGUCUUGGUUCUGUAAUCGAUCACUGUUCCUGUUUUGCGUAUGUUGAAGACCGAUCCCUCACAGAGACCGACGACAGGACAUUUCCAUGGCAAGGAGCGGUCUUGUUUUGUACACUGUGCUGCUUCUCCUCUGUUCUUGUUUUGUGUUGACUCAGUGUGCUCCUGAAAGUGGUCUGAUUACUCUGCUUCCCGGAUUCAACGGCUCUUUUCCUUCGAAACACUAUUCUGGGUAUGUGACGAUUGAUUCGGACCACGGGAAGCGCUUAUUCUACUAUUUUGUGACAUCGGAAGGGGAUCCUUCGAAGGAUCCGGUGGUUCUGUGGCUAAAUGGAGGACCAGGAUGUUCGAGCUUUGAUGGUUUCGUGUACGAGCAUGGACCAUUCAAUUUUGAAGCUGCAAAGACACACAACAGCCUACCGCAACUGCAUUUGAAUCCCCACAGCUGGUCCAAGGUCUCCAACAUUAUUUACUUGGAUUCUCCUGCCGGUGUUGGAUUUUCGUAUUCUAAAAAUUCAAGCGACUACCGAACCGGUGACAUAAAGACUGCUCUCGAUUCUCAUACAUUUCUCCUCAAGUGGUUUGAGCUCUACCCGGAGUUCCUUCCCAACCCAUUCUUCAUAGCUGGAGAGUCAUAUGCAGGGGUCUAUGUGCCAACUCUUGCGUUUGAAGUGGCGAAUGGUAUUGAUGAUGGAGUGAAACCCGUUCUCAAUUUCAAGGGUUAUAUUGUUGGUAAUGGAGUCACUGAUGAUAAAUUUGACGGCAACGCUCUCGUUCCCUUUGCGCAUGGGAUGGGCCUGAUCUCAGAUGACCUGUUUGAGGAGGUUAACAGGGAAUGCCAAGGGAGUUACUUUAAGCCACUCAGUUCAACGUGUGAGAGCAAACUUGCAAAAGUUGAUCAGGAUAUAGAUGGUUUAAACAUAUAUGACAUCCUAGAACCAUGCUACCAUGGGCCAUCAAUAUCGACGGUUACAGCUACUAAUGAUAGGUUGCCUGCUAGCUUUAGGCGAUUGGGAGAAACUGAGCGGCCUCUUCCUGUGAGAAAGAGGAUGUUUGGCCGUGCCUGGCCUCUUAGAGCUCCUGUGAGGGAUGGAUAUGUUCCAACUUGGCCGGAGCUUCUCAAUAGCAACUCUGUUCCAUGUACUGAUGAUGAAGUUGCGACCACGUGGCUAAAUGAUAAAGAUGUCAGGAAAGCGAUUCAUGCAGAAGAGCAAAGCGUGGCGGGCGCUUGGGCUUUAUGCACAGGCAGAAUCUCGUUUUAUCAUGAUGCUGGAAGCAUGAUUAACUACCACAAAAACCUCACUGCUAGGGGGUAUCGAGCACUCAUAUUCAGCGGUGAUCAUGAUAUGUGCGUUCCCUACACCGGUAGCGAAGCAUGGACAAGAUCUAUGGGGUAUGAAGUCGUGGAUGAGUGGCGGCCUUGGACUUCCAAUGAACAAGUUGCCGGGUACAUUCAAGGAUAUGGAAAUAACCUCACCUUCUUAACCAUCAAGGGAGCUGGACACACGGUCCCGGAAUACAAACCUCAAGAGGCACUGGAUUUCUACAGCCGUUUUCUGGCAGGAAAGCGGAUAUGAUAGGAAAAUACCGUGCUUUUCAAUGCCCGCAAUUGCAAAAUAGAGAGUCGAGGGAGAGAGUUCAGAGACGUACUUCCUUCCAUCUUGUGCUUUUCUCCUUCCGCCCGAUUUGAAAUUUCGAGGACCUUGAUAAUUACGAACAUAAAAGAUGUCGAUAGAACACGAACUGUUAUACAGAGGGACAACGAA